AUGACCACGACCCUCACUGCCGCCGAAUUGGAAAUCCUCUCCACCAAGGCCAUUGCUGCAAAGGCCACUGCGUACUGUCCCUAUUCAAAAUUCCGGGUCGGUGCCUGUCUUCUCACUGCGCAGGGCGAAUACAUCUCCGGCGCCAAUGUCGAGAAUGCGAGUUAUCCAGUAGGCACCUGUGCGGAGCGAGUAGCUUUUGGCACGGCUGUGGUGGCCGGCCACAGGGAUUUCAAAGCGAUUGCCAUCGCGUCGGACAUAAAACCUGGAGCAACGCCCUGUGGGAUGUGCAGACAGUUCAUGCGCGAAUUCAUCACUCCUAGCUUUCCUGUUUACAUGUAUGAUGUUGAUGGGAACUACACCGUCAAGACCAUCGGAGAGCUUCUUCCUGACUCCUUUGGCCCUGAUGAUCUGUCAAAAGAAUGA